GGUGAGUGCCGCUGGCUCGGGAGCGGAUGAGGGGUGCGUUACAAUGUUGUAGCCAAUUAAAGCUAAAAGUGCCUUAUGUUCGGGUCCGAAAGAUCAUUUCACGAACAGGAGCGGUCUCUUAUGAGACGGGCUGCGGGUCUGGAGCUCGUUGAGGCGAGAGGUUGCUCGGAUUAAUUGCUACUUAUGCUGCGGCUUUGCUCCCGGUCUUGAGCUCUGCGGCAGGUGAGGAGCUGAACCGGGCCGGGCCGCCCUUAUGGAUCGGCAGCAUGGAUGCUUUCAGUUUCCCCUUUAACAGCAGCGGCGGCCCGGACAGCAAAGACGGCGAUGAAGCCGCAGAGCCCCGGCCGGAGUUUGGCCCUGCGGCGGCGGCGACCCCGUCCGGAGCCGGUUACUGGACCGCCGUGUUCGAUUACGAAGCUACCGCCGAGGAUGAGCUCAGUCUGCGGAAGGGGGAUCGGGUGGAGGUGUUAUCCAAGGACUCGCUGGUGUCCGGGGAUGAAGGGUGGUGGACAGGUAUGAUCGAAGACCGGGUCGGUAUUUUCCCUAGUAACUACGUGAGCAGUAACGGCAUCUCCGAGAAGAUUCGGGACACGCCGGAAGACUAUGGCGAUUACUCGGUGCCUCAGUUACAUUUGCUUCAGAUAGAUUUCAGUGAGCUGGCGCUGGAGGAAAUGAUCGGUGUCGGAGGUUUUGGAAAAGUGUACCGUGCCAUUUGGAAAGGGAUGGAGGUGGCGGUGAAAGCCGCUCGGCGGGACCCCGACGAGGAUGUGUCGCAGACGCUGGAGAGUGUCCGUCAGGAGGCCAAGCUCUUUGCCAUGCUCACACACCCCAACAUCAUGGGCCUUCUGGGAGUGUGCCUGCAGGAGCCCAACCUCUGCCUGGUAAUGGAGUAUGCUCGCGGGGGGCCACUCAACCGGGCCCUGGCUGGGAAACGCAUCCCUCCUCACACGCUGGUGGACUGGGCGGUACAGAUUGCAAGAGCCAUGCUAUACCUGCACUGCCAGGCCAUUGUACCUGUCAUCCACAGAGACCUGAAGUCCAGCAACAUUCUGAUUCUGGAACGCGUGGAGAAUGACGAUUUGAGCAACAAGACUCUGAAGGUGACAGAUUUUGGUUUGGCUCGGGAGUGGCAUCGAACCACGAAGAUGAGCGCAGCAGGGACAUACGCCUGGAUGGCUCCUGAGGUCAUCCGCUCCUCGACCUUCUCCAAGGGCAGUGAUGUUUGGAGUUAUGGAGUUUUGCUGUGGGAGCUGCUGACGGGAGAGGUGCCAUUUCGUGGCAUUGAUGGUCUGGCGGUAGCUUAUGGUGUGGCCAUGAACAAACUAUCCCUGCCGAUUCCCUCCACCUGUCCUGAACCCUUUGCCCGGCUGAUGGAAGACUGUUGGAAUGUGGACCCUCAUGCACGACCCCCCUUCACCAGUAUACUAGACCAGCUGACAGCUAUCGAGGAGUCAGGCUUCUUUGAAAUGCCUGCAGAAUCCUUUCAAUCCCUGCAGGAUGACUGGAAGCUGGAGGUUCAGGAGAUGUUUGACCAGCUCAGAGCCAAAGAGAAGGAGUUGAGAUCCUGGGAGGAGGAACUAAGUCGUGCAGCCAUACAACAGAAAUAUCAGGAAGAGGCUUUGCGGCGGCGGGAGCAGGAACUGGCGGAGAGAGAAAUUCACAUUCUGGAGCGAGAGCUUAAUGUCAUCAUUCACCAGCUGUACCAGGAGAAACCACGAGUUCAAAACCGCCAUGGAAAGUUCCGGCGGAGUCGACUUAAACUGCGUGACGGGAACCGCAUCAGCCUGCCGUCCGAUUUCCAGCAUAAGAUUACAGUCCAAGCCUCUCCUUCUCUGGACAGAAGGCGGAGCCUAAUGGGCAGUAACUCCACCCCUCCAAACAGCCCCCCUGUUUUGCCACGCCUCCGAGCGAUCCAAUUGACUCCGGGGGUCGGAUGUCAAGCCUGGGGUCGUAAUGCUGCAUUCCAGUAUGAUGAAGAUGAGGAGAGGAAGACUUCACGCAAAAAAGGGAGAACGCAAAGGGAACACAGCGCUGAUGAGAGUUUGAAGACUCCUAAAGAGGGCAGUCGGCAGCGUUCCUGCAGCGCUCCAAACCUGCGACGUUCCCCCAGACACAGUCCCGCUGUUCCCGGCGUGUGCAGCCUGGCAGAGACUGAAAAUGAAGACUGCUGCUUCCCGUCGGAGUCAGCUGACUCCCCUGGCCAAUCAUACCUCUGCAUCCCUUUCCACAGGGAUGGAUCUGCUAUGGACAGUUACGGCAUGGAGUGCGGGACGACUGGAAUGACUUCUGACGUUUCCCCCAGUUAUACGCGGCGGAGCCCCAGUGGAAGCCGUAGAUCUGAACUGGUGUUGCUGGGCUGCGGGGCGGCUCUGGCUGCUGUGGGUUUAGGUCAAAAUCUAUUGGACCUGGUGCGUGUGGAAGAGAGUGUACGUCCGCGAUGGGAAGGGCUGUUUCACCGUAGCGGGGGUCCAAGUCGCGGCGCCAGCCCACCCACACGCAAACUCUUCAAACGGGAAAGCCCCCGUCGCCCUCCCCCUCUGCCCACGUCCCUCACGCUCCUGUCUCUUUCAUCUGUGUCUGAUUGUAACUCAACCAGAUCUCUUCUUCGCUCUGACAGUGAAGAGCUGCUCGUGAUACGCCCACCUACGCCCCAUGCUCCACCCCCUGGACAGACCCCGCCUCCUCUGAACCCACUUGUCAACACUCACCUGGAGAGUUUUAAACGGCACCCUCGACAGUCUUUGACGCCCACACAUGUGCCCUCUGCACCCAGUGCCGCCUGCAGGCUUCAUCGCACACCUUCAGAUGGUGCAAUAAAGAUGGGCUGCCCGCCCGCCCAUAACAACCACAAUCACGCCCCUACCACGCCGUCCAAAACAACAGUGACUCCAUGGACAUUAAGUGAAGACCCCUCAGAGGUGCCUCGUCUUCCUGAUCCUAAUCUUGUUUUCCCACCUACGCCACGUCGGCGCUUUCAGCCUGAGCGUCCCAAAACUCUGGACUUCCUGGCUAGACCUCGCCCCUGUCCACGAGCACGCUGUGGAUCCCAGUGGGGCGAAUCUCCUGCCCACACAUCCAGCACUGAAACCCCAUCCACUGUGGAGUUUGGAGGAGGUGUGGCUGUGUUGCCCACUCCAAUGGAACCACCAACCCCCUGUUCCCCUUGGGUAAAUGACAGCCUUUUGGACCAACAGGAUGAAGGUCAAUACAGGGACGGGACACGGCCUCUCUCGUCAGAUCCCAGAGACUCACCUUACAGAGUGCGACCAGGGUUUUGCUCCUGAUUUCACCUUCAUAAAUUUAGACCCACUUGGUUUCAGAUGUAGCACUUAGACUAUCAAGUCAAUGCAAGGGGAGUUCUGGAUACCCUGGAGAAAAAAAACCUGCUGAAAUCAGAGUAAGAUGGUUAGCUUAUCUUAGAAACGUAAGGUUUAAGAUGGUCUUAGCUGGUUUAAGCCUGGUCAAGAUAGCUUGGUGGUCAGGGUUAGUGCUCGAAACCCCUCUUAAACCAGCCAUCAGACUUAACUUAACUAGAAGACCAACUAAGACCAGCAAACAAACUUGGUCUGGUUUGAUUUUUUUUUCAGUAUAUGUAUUCACAACUGAUUUUAGCGAUAAGGAUUAAUUACCCAAUAUAAACCAAAGGUGCUUGGUUUGUGCAUAAUACACAUGCAGUUAUGGUUUGAACUAUGUCCAAUUCAAUAUUACAGAUUUUCAACACAUACACUCCCCAUUUUCUUCUUCUGUAUUUUGCCUUGUUUCCCAGUACAAAUAUAUAAACAUUCUUAAAUCAAGAUACAUUUUUUGAGAAUCUAAGUGACUGAAUGAAACGUCCUGUUUUCUUUAAAAAAAAAUCUAAAAUCUAAAUUAAGUGACUUCAUGCUUAAAGGAAGAAGAAAAAUUUAAAGCAACUGCAAGUAGUUUGGAGCCCCGUGCAGUUAGGUGAGUGGAGUUCACUCAUAAAUACAACACAAUUUUCUAUAAUUUAGCUUGAUUUAAGGAUGUUUAGCUUAUUUAUACUGUAAAACUAUAAUAUUGAGGAAGAGUAUCGUUUAUUGCAGUGUGGGAUCUAACAGUGCAUUUUGAUAAGCUCCUCUUCAGUAAACUCUACUAUUUACCACCAGGCAUUAUAAGCUAUUGAAUAAAAAUGCAAUCCAGAUGCUUCUUUAAAGGCCGGACUGAUUUCUGAGUGCUUUAGAAAAGUACAGGGUCUGCAGGGGCUGGGAUCUUGAAAGACAUUUAUCAGGACACUUUUUUUAAUUUGCAAACUUCUUUUUUUAUUCAUAUGGAGUGUAUUAUCUGAGCUGUACUGCUGCGCUGUAUUGACUUCCUCUCUGUAUGUCCUGUACACACGUCUGCAUGUUUAUAGUAGAUUUAGCUCUCUGAACUUAGCACUGAAUUUGCUGGGGAACAUUAGAAGGUUUAUUUCUGCUACUCAUUUCAGAGAUUUCAGGUUUUAUUUUUCUUACAUAAUUCAGAUUGUACAUCUUUAGAAGUGCUUUUUCCGGUCUCUUGAAUGUAUAGUUCUGUCAUACCUUUCAUAUUUAGACACAUUCGAGAUCACUGAUUGUUCUGUGGUUUUCACUGUAGCAUGCAGCACAUAGUCUUUCACAAAUAAUAUGCCUAAUUAGUGACCUCUUCACAAUCCACUAUCCGUUAUGAAACAUUUGGAAAUGUCUUAAAAGAGGAAAGUUAGAAUUUAUUGGCUCUACAUUUUCAGCUAUGUAACAUUCAGGUACAUUAUUGCAGUCUUCCGUUGUCUGUGCAUGUGCAGUAUGUGUGGUGCGAUUGUGUGUGUGUGUGUGUGUGUGUGUGUGUGUGUAUGCAUGCAAUUCAGUGUAACUGAUAGAUUCCAAGGUGUAUGUGCAUUGAAUUUUGUUGGAGUGCAUAUUGAAUUUGUUUUGCAAUUUUAGUGCAAUAUUUGUUAAUAUAAGUUUACACAUAUUUAUUUAUUUAAAUUAUUUUUAUAUUUUUCACAUUUUUGUUAAGAUAAAACUGAUGAAGCGAAACAUUUCUGUCUACAUUUAUGAACAUGUUCAGACAUUUGUCAUUCUUUUGCACGUUUACAGCGGUGUUGUCUUCCUGUCUCAGUCCAAUCUUUCAUCUCUACACUGUCGAAGAGGCCCUCUAGAGACAAAACAACAUUUAGAGCCAAAACACAAGUGCUUGUGUCCGUCUGCCCCUUUUUUGUCACAUGAAGCAAGAUUUUGAACAUCAUUUUUAAUGCACAUGGCAAAAUGAACUUGCAGUAGGCAGAGACUUGAAAUCUGGCAAAAAUAUUUGGUUGAGGAUUUAAAAACUCUCAUUUCAUUCCAUCUGUAUGUGGAGCAGGGGUGUUUUUUAUGGCUUAAAGGAAUGCGUAGCCAUCAUCAGGAGCAUCUGCUAUCAUUUAUCAGCACAAUCACUGUUGUCCUGAAGAGCAGGUGUUUUGGGUUCAGAAGCUGCUGCUAUGAAACUUGUACUUGCACCCGAGCACAUUAGACUUGUGUAAGAGCUCAAUUAAAGCCCUGAAAUGCUGA